AGCCAGAGGUUAUGUUUAUGUUGUCGUUUGUGUGUUGUGUGAAUGACGGCAUACUUUGAAAACCAAAUAUUUUUGCGAUUCGAUUUUUGAUGACGUUGAUACAAAAGAAUGAUCUAAUUCAUCAUAGCGAGUAAAUAAGACUGUUUUCUUGCAAAUGAUUCUGUCAACGUCUUGGGAAUAACAAAAAAAACAAUCAUUCCAAUGGAGAAAAACAAGGCAUAGAAACUGCUGCAAAAAUCUAAAGGUUGUCUACCUCUGAAGGGCAUGUGAAACAAAUAAUUAUUUUAAAAGGAGUUUUGCGUAAAACAAGAAUAUCCAUAGGUAUUGAUUAUAUCUCAACUCGAAGGUAUUCAGGUACCUAUCAAAAAUCUAGUUCAAAUUAGAAAAUUUUCCUGUUGAACAAAAUGAGUUUUCUGGCAAAUGUGUUAUCUUCAGCAGAAGAAGUUGAAUUAGAGGAAAUAAAUAAGAAAGUUCCAGAGUUGAAAUUGACUGUUGAAGAUUUGAAAAUGGAAAUAGUUCAGUAUAUUGAGAACGUGUAUGUAAAAUAUAGUUUUCGGCCAAAGCAAAACAAAGAAUUGUUACAAAAAGCUUACAUGAUAGAAGAAGAAAUCAAGUUGCUGAAGAAAAAAGCAGACACAGCCACGAAAAAAGAUCUAAUAAAAUCAAAUAAGGAAUUAGAGGAGCACAUUGAUUCUUUAGAAUAUACAGAGUUCUCUAUUCAUGUUGUUUCAAAGCUUUGCGAAAUUAAUGGAAAAUUAACAGAAUUUGAAUCCUUUUUCGAUGCCAAAGAAUAUGUUAAAUGUGCACAAUUGCUAUAUGAAUUAGAAGAGACCAUCAAUGGAAUACCCAGUGAUGAACGUGUGGAUGUCAUACAUACUCUUAUAUCAAACAUAGUGGGAAAUAAAACCAUGUUACUGAAUGAACUGAACAAUGUUUUUGGGAAACACGUUAUUAUGAAUAAUAAGGAACAAACCACUACUUUGGAAAUAAGGAAAAACACUGAAGACUUGAACGAAGCUCUUCUGGCUCUUUUUCACAAUACAUCCGUAGCAUAUCCACUGCAUACUUUUGCCAAAUCUCUGUGGGACUUUUUUCUCGUACCUGCAAUAGACAAUAAACUGGAAGUUGAUAGAGGUGAAAACGAUAAAUUUCGUUAUAUCCAAACGACAGGUAAAAAGGGUACUAAUUAUUUGGAUGUUUUUGCCAGUUUAAAAACAAUAUUUGAAUUUUUGAGAGAUAAUUUCAACUUCAAGUUGAAUGACAAUCUCACCACCUUAGAAUACAUCGGUAUAGAUAUUAGAGAUAAUUUGUCAGAGUUACUGAUAAAACACUGCUUGGAAGACACAAUUCCCUCGACCGUGGAAGGUUUACAACAGUAUAAAAUCGUUAUUGAAAACACCGAAAAGUUGGAGGAAACCUUGAGAGAAUGUAAAAUUUUUGUGCAUGAUACUACAUCCAUCGUUGAAUACGCCAACAAUAUCGAUAUCCUGUUCAUCAACAAAAAGUGUCAGGAAUAUUUAACCACAUCCCAGGAAAUAAUGAAGAAAGAUAUGCAUGACCUAGCCGAAGUUGGAGAGCCGUACGAUCCAGAAAAUCCCAUAUUUUGUAGCAGCGAACAAUUCCUGCAGUGCUCGGUAUCCAAGAGCGUUAUAGAACUGCUGGACUUUGCCAAAAAAAUAAUGGAACAGACUCUGACCGCUUCGGAUGUCUGUGCUGGCCGUUUGUUCUGCACAUUGCAAAACAUUUUCUAUACUUACGGUAAAUUUGUUCCUGAAUUCCAUAAGAAACUUUUGCAAACCAUUCCUCAACAAGUAGCACUAUUUCACAACAACUGUUUGUACAUUGGACACACUUUGACAGCUUGGAAUAAAACUUACUGUUUGAAGAUGGCGCCAUCUCUGAACAUCGCCAAUAUUGGUUUCAGUGAAGAAGCUCAUCAAUUGGAGCUCAUCGCUUCGGAGACUUUCAGUAAUUACGUGAAGGGGCAGCUGAAACAGAUCAAUGAUAUAAUGAGUGAAAGCGGUUUAGAAGGAGGUACUCUCGAGGAAAUUCAACCCGUAACGGAGAAGAGCGUGAGGCAAUGCAUCAGGCAACAAGAAUUGUUGAAAACAGUGUGGAAGAACGUCCUUCCGUAUCCCCUGUACAACAAAACUUUAGGUGAAAUACUGAACAGUUUAUGUGUUAAUUUCAUAACGUCGAUCAUUAAAUACGAGGACAUUUCCCUGAGUUCUGCUGAGCAGUUGGUGGAAAUAAUCAAAAUAAUAUUGAAUCGUGGCUCAAAACUAUUCACGGAUCCUAAGGAGGUCAGUUUGUAUGUCGCCUCCUGGUAUAAGCUGAACGAACUGAACUUUGUGUUGAGUGCUAGUCUACUGGACAUCAACGAUCGGUGGGCUGAUGGAAAAGGCCCUCUGGCUAUUCAAUUCAAGCCAAAUGAGUUGAAAUCUCUUAUUAGGGCUCUGUUUCAGAAUACUGACAGAAGAUCAGCAGUGCUGGCUAAAAUUUUAUAAUAUAUUUGUAUUAAGUUCAAUUCUUCAUGUUUUCUAUUAAAUACAAGAAAAACU